AUGCAUUUCAAUGUUCGUUUAUUUUUAGAUCUCUAUGAAAAAUGUGGAAUUCAAGGAACCACACCCGUUUCUGUUGUCGCUUUCAUUGGGCUAACAAAUGGAGGGAUAACAUCCAACGUAAGUUCCAUUGCAAAUGCUAUAAUAGAGAAGGCUGUGUUUGGUCAGCCAAUUUGUUGUGAUAAAAAUUGUAAUUGCCGUCCAAAUGGCGCGACUUUAUUGAUAGAUAACGGGAAUAAAUGUGGUUUAUGGAUUUAUUGCGAUCCAACAAAAAAUUCCGUUUAUUUAUUACUGGAUUCAAUUAACGAUAGCGAUGCACUUUUAAAUUUGUGGGAAGAAUCACAAUCUACUAUUGAAAAUGAGUUAGCGCAACCAAUAUCAAAAUUAGAUUCAAAUUUGAUUUCUUUACUUAAAACAAUAUCUUCCGUCAAACGACAUAUCAUGCCACAUGCAAAUAAUUUCAUGAAUUCUUGCUGGCAACAUUUAGACAUACCUCCUCCUUAUGGGUCAAUUUCUUCUACUAGUGGAUAUAGUGGACGGUCAGGAAGUGUACAGGGUGGUGUGAUUGCACCUGGAAGAUAUGGAAACAAAUCUGAAUCUAGUCAUGAUAAGGUAGCUUCAGGAAGCAUUAAAAGGAUUAAAGAGGCCUUGCAGGCACGCAUUCGUUUCUUAUUUCGUACAUGCCAUCUUGUUCAAACUAGCGAUGUUCAUGCUCCCUUUGAUAAUCGUCAACUUUUUAUCCUUCCGCCUCCUUCUUCGCAAUUUUUUGUUCACCUUAUUCCCCGUGGUUCCACGGGCAAUUUAUUAUCACCGAAUCCCGCAAGGAAAAUGGAUCAACGGGGUGCUGACAAUUUUGAAAUUAAAUUAUUAAAAGAUUUUGUUCACAAUUGGAUUAAAUGGGCUACCACUGGUCGAAUUUCUGUUAAACGUGGUGUAACACCUAGCGAGUUACCAAACAUAAAACAAUGGAUUUCUGGUUCAGUAGCUCUUAAAGAAUUAUUAUUUGGAAAUAUUGGGAAAGAAAUUUUAGAGAGAAAAAAUUAUAGUAACGUGGAAGAUACACUCAAUAGAAGGUUAAAAGAUUAUAUACAAAUCAAUAAUAGAUUUUCUGCAAGUCAUUGUUCUCAAUCCUCAAGAAAAGCUAUUGAUAUAUAUUUAUUAGAGUCACCUACUUAUUAUUCUAAACAGUAUCAUGAUGUUAAGCUAAAGGGAGAAUGUUAUAACAUAUGGGAACAUGGAAGACAAAGAUGUGAUAAACGAAGUUUGUCAGGUCAUGAAUGUGUCUUGGGAGUAACCCUUCAUGCUUGUAAUUGUGGAAAAAGUCGCAGCGAAAGAGAAGAUCCCUUUGAUUUAAAUGAUGCCAACGUGGAUUUCUUUCAAUUUUUAAAUUGUUGUGAUGCAGAAGGCAAUCAAUGUCUCGUUCCUCCUUUUUUCAAACAUAAAACCAAAAAUACUUCAAUGUGGUCACUUAUACGGCUUGGUUCGGGUUCUCUUUAUCGUUCUAAUUCGGGUCUUGAUAAAUGGGAGGGAUUUAUAACAAACACGAAUUUUCUUUUACCAUUGGAUAUUUCAUUGGUGACGAACAUAAAAAAAGUUCAAGAUGAGAUGACAAAAAAUGAAUGGACUAUAGAUCUAGCUAGUGGUGAUAAAAAGAAAACUCGAGCAAAGAGUUUUAAACAAAAAGGGAAGAGUGGAGAAGAACCAAAGAGUGAUAUUUCCAUACUUUUAGGAAAUGACAUAAUUCAACAAUGGUUGACUCCUUCUUCGUUCUCCUUAAAUGACAGUCUCCAAAUGAUACGCGAAGUUCAACAAAUUCCAAUACAAAUCGAUGAAUCUACCGUCACAUCUGACAAUAAAUCCUAUAGGAGUGGGGAUAUAAAUAAAGAAAGAAGAAAUCGACGUGGAAUUAAAAAUAGUUUAAAGAAAGAACGCGAAAAAAUAGCGGAUAAUGCCACACCCAUAUUAAAAGAUUCAAAUGAGUUACAAAAAUUAAAGGGAUAUCUUGGUGUUGAAUACGAAUGUCCUAUUGGUCAUAGAUUUAUGAGUUGCGGGAAAGGUCAAGUUUGCAAGUUAGGUCAUGCUGGACAUAUAAAAGAAACUGCCAACAAUCUAUUAGAACAAGAUCUACCAAUAUAUAUUCAUUGCCCAUGUAGUAAUUCAACAAAUAAUCCACCAACAUUAGCUCAAUUGCAACGUAUCAUAAUAGUUACUCCCGAUUCUCCAAUAUUGAUUACUUUAAAUCCUAUAAUAAAGGAUCAAACAAACGAAAAUGCUAAUUUGUCUCCUAUGGAUAAUUUCCAAAAAGAUAACCAAUAUUUUAAAGGAAUUACCUUGCCAAAAAACAGUUUGAUCGUAUUGCGCUUACCUUAUGUUCACUAUGAUCGAGAUGGUGAGCCCAUUCGCCCAGAUAAAGUUAUAAAUCAUACUUCGAUAACUUCGACGCUCUAUUUAAAAAAGAAAUUUCUAUUCAUCGAAAUGCCAAAAUCGGAAAACGAUGAUUUUCCGAAUUGA